GUUACAAGUAAUUCUAAUCCUUAACCAAAUAGGAAAAAGUUUUAUAGCUGAUGUUAUAUAAAGGGUUCCAUGGCAAGUAUUAUAAUGUACUACACCAAACCAAGACUUCAUAGUGUAAGAAAUUCUGGAUUUAAGACUCCUGUUACCAGACACAAACUUGGAAGAGCACUUUGAAUAUGACGCUUGAGUUUCAAAAGAACACCAUGUACGUGCCAACAGAGCUCGAAAAUGGAGACGUUCAAGAAAAUUUUGACGAUGAUGGACGGGAAAAAAGAACAGGGACUUUAUUGACUGCGAGUGCACAUAUUAUUACGGCUGUGAUUGGUUCUGGAGUGCUAUCUCUAGCAUGGGCAAUAGCACAAUUAGGAUGGGUGGUUGGUCCUGUUGUUCUCUUUGCUUUUUCGUUCAUCACUUACUUCACUUCUACACUUCUUGCUGAUUGUUACCGCUCUCCGGGGCCUGUUUCUGGCGAGAGAAACUAUACUUACAUGGACGUCGUCCGAUCUCACUUAGGAGGCGUGAAGGUGACACUCUGUGGAAUUGCACAAUAUGCUAACCUCGUCGGAGUUACCAUUGGAUACACAAUAACAGCAUCUAUAAGUAUGGUGGCGGUAAAUAGGUCAAACUGUUUUCACAAAAAUGGCCAUGAAGCUAGCUGCUCAAUUGACAACUAUCAAUUUAUGAUCAUAUUUGCAGUGAUUCAAAUAAUUCUUAGCCAAAUACCAAACUUCCACAAGUUGUCAUGGCUAUCAAUUCUUGCUGCUGUUAUGUCUUUUGCUUACGCUUCUAUUGGUCUUGGUCUCUCCAUUGCGAAAGUUGCAGGUGUGGGGCACCAUGUAAAGACAAGCCUAACAGGGGUGGUAGUUGGGGUGGAUGUAUCUGAAUCAGAGAAGGCAUGGAAAAGCUUCCAAGCCAUUGGAGAUAUUGCAUUUGCCUAUGCUUAUGCCACCGUUCUCAUUGAAAUACAGGACACACUUAGAUCAUCACCACCAGAAAGCAAGGUAAUGAAGAGAGCAUCACUAGCUGGAGUUUCCACCACAACCUUGUUCUAUAUACUAUGCGGUACCAUUGGCUAUGCAGCCUUUGGAAACAAAGCUCCAGGAAAUUUCCUCACUGGUUUUGGUUUCUAUGAACCCUUUUGGCUUAUUGACUUCGCCAACGUCUGCAUUGCCAUCCACCUUAUCGGAGCUUACCAGGUUUUCUGCCAACCUUUAUAUGGGUUUGUGGAGGCUCGAUGCAGCCAGCGAUGGCCAGACAACAAAUUCAUCAACUCUGAACAUGUUGUGCAAGUUCCAUGCUGUGGUGCUUACAACGUCAACUUGUUCAGGUUGGUGUGGAGAACAACAUAUGUUGUAGUGACAACCGUGGUUGCCAUGAUAUUCCCCUUCUUCAAUGACUUCUUGGGUUUAAUCGGGGCAGCAUCGUUCUAUCCAUUAACUGUCUACUUCCCAAUAGAGAUGCACAUUGCCCAGAGAAAGAUACCGAAGUAUUCUUUCAAAUGGCUAUGGCUGAAAAUACUGAGCUGGACUUGCCUCAUCGUAUCACUUGUUGCAGCUGCUGGAUCUAUCAAGGGUCUUGCCACUGAUGUCAAGCAUUACAAGCCUUUCUCAACACAACAAUAAGUUCUUAGAGCUGUUCAAAUCAAAUAUGUAAUGUUUUCAACAAGAAGUGUAACCCAAGCUGAUUGGUUGUAUUUUAUGCUUUCCUUUGAGUAUUUAGAUUCUAGUUUUUAAAUGUUGUUGAGCAGACUUAUCGGGAUUCCUGAGAAUUGACUGAAUAUACAGCUUUAGUGGCAUAUGAAUGAAUAUUGUUGAUAAUCUGCUUCUGCCUUCGAUGAACAAAAUUUAGAAGAUCGAAGUUGCAUGGCUAGAAGAUAGUCCUUGCAAUAUUUUGUUCCCAUCUAUUUAGUAU